CAAACAAGCUACUCAAAUCCGUCCACAAAUACGGAUACGGGGUUUAACGAAAAAACAAACAGAAUUCAGAGAAUUCUUUUCCCUUUUGUGAUCAUCUGAGGGUUCCGUGGUGCUAGCAUCUGCCUCGAAGACAUUCAGCGAACUUGGGGCUUCGGGCUUCCUUCCUACUACCAUGUGAAUAUGUGAUGAUUUAUGAAGUCCGAAGUUUUCUUCCGAGUCCCUUCCGACGAAAACCUUUCACCGUUGAAGCUUCUAAGCGUCAAGACACGUCCAAAGAUGACUCGCUGAGUUGAAUCGGAUUCAAAAUUUACAGUUUUCCUUUUUUCUUUGGCUUCUUUCCUGACUCGAUCAUUUCUGUGUAAGAUUUGUUUUGGACUUUUUUCUUUCUUUAACUUAUCCAGAAGGAAGAAAAAGCAGCAUUUUUGAAGAGUCAGAGAUCAAUUUUCUUCAAUGCGUCGCUAACUCCAAUUUGUUUCCCGGAAGAAGGAAAGCCAUUGAAGAAUCAGAGAUCUGUUCUCUUUUGCUAAGUACGUCCUUUCUACAGUGAGGAUACUCUGGAGCUAGAAAGGUUGUCCGGGGUCAAAUUGUUGAAGACAAGCAAAUAGAGAGGAGUGGCGUUUGGUCUUGUUAAUGGAGGUCUUCGCAGAACAUGGGAUUUCACUGUGUUAGGCGAGAUCAGUCUUUGAUCAUAUCACAGGGAAAAUAAAUCUUAAAUAUUCUUACCUAGUGGCAAAAUGAGAUCAAUGAUCUUGAAGUAUUAAGCAGGUUCAAUAGUCAAACCAUUGAAGAGAAUUGGCUGACGGAGUAUAUAUUGAGAAAGAGAGAAAGAGCUGACUUUCAAGUUCUCUGGGGGGAAGUUGUGAGGAAUUCAUUAUGAAAAUUGAAGUAGAUUCUCAAUCAAACAUGGAGUCUGAUGCAAGGGAGGAGUCAUCUCCAACUCAUACAGAAGUAAAUGGUUCCCUCAGUGAAUCCAAAUUGGAAUUGUUUGGCUUUGACUCUCUUGUCAACAUCCUUGGUCUUAAGAGUAUGAUAGGAGAACAAAUUCCUGCCCCCUCUAGUCCAAGAGACAGGAGAGAUGGGGAAGACGUUUCUAUCACUCUUGGACGUCCAAAGCCAACUGGUGUUAAACUGGGGACAAUGAUGGGUGUGUUUGUCCCAUGCUUGCAGAACAUACUGGGAAUUAUUUACUAUAUCCGAUUUUCUUGGAUUGUUGGUAUGGCAGGCAUAGGUGAGUCACUGUUGCUGGUUGCUUUUUGUGGGUUGUGCACUUUCCUUACUUCAAUUUCAUUAAGUGCAAUUGCGACUAAUGGUGCAAUGAAGGGUGGAGGACCAUAUUAUCUCAUUGGUCGAGCCCUUGGUCCAGAGGUUGGAGUUAGCAUUGGGUUAUGCUUCUUCCUUGGGAAUGCUGUUGCUGGAGCUCUAUAUGUUUUGGGAGCUGUAGAGACCUUCCUAGAUGCCGUGCCAAGUGCCGGGAUAUUUAGAGAGAAUGUGACGCAUGUAAAUGCCACUGCAUCUGCACAGAUAGAGAGCCCAAGCCUACAUGACCUGCAAGUUUAUGGGAUUGUUGUGACUAUCCUCCUGUGUUUUAUUGUAUUUGGUGGUGUAAAAAUAAUCAAUCGGGUGGCACCUGCUUUCCUUAUUCCAGUUCUGUUUUCUGUGUUCUGCAUCUUUGCUGGGAUUCCUUUGUCAAAGAAUGGCGAUCCUUCACCUGGAAUCACAGGAUUGAGUCUGAAAACAUUUAAAGACAACUGGAGUUCCGAUUAUCAGCGCACUAACAAUGCUGGGAUACCUGAUCCCAAUGGGAAAAUUUACUGGAAUUUCAAUGCGCUGGUUGGCCUUUUUUUCCCUGCCGUAACGGGAAUUAUGGCAGGUUCAAAUCGCUCUGCAUCACUAAAAGACACUCAGCGUUCAAUUCCCAUUGGAACACUGGCUGCAACUCUCACAACUUCUGCUCUAUAUCUAAUUUCUGUGUUAUUAUUUGGAGCUAUAGCAACAAGAGAGGAGCUUUUGACGGACAGGCUACUUACAGCUACGGUGGCUUGGCCUUUUCCAGCAAUAAUUUAUGUCGGGAUUAUCCUAUCCACUCUAGGUGCUGCUCUUCAAAGUCUGACGGGGGCUCCACGCUUGCUUGCAGCAAUAGCCAAUGAUGACAUCCUUCCUGUUCUUAAUUACUUCAAGGUUGCAGAUGGGAAUGAACCCCACCUUGCUACCCUAUUUACAGCAUUCAUUUGUAGUGGGUGUGUUGUUAUUGGGAAUCUGGAUCUUAUCACUCCGACCGUAACCAUGUUUUUCCUUCUCUGCUAUGCGGGUGUCAACUUAUCUUGCUUCCUUCUGGAUCUUCUAGAUGCUCCCAGCUGGCGUCCUCGGUGGAAGUUUCACCAUUGGUGUUUAUCUCUUCUUGGAGCAUCACUUUGUAUUGUUAUCAUGUUCUUGAUCUCUUGGACAUUCACUGUAGUGUCUCUAGCCCUUGUGAGUCUAAUAUACUAUUAUGUGUGCAUAAAGGGGAAAGCUGGGGACUGGGGUGAUGGCUUCAAAAGUGCAUAUUUCCAACUGGCCCUCCGCAGUCUUCGAUCAUUAGGAGCAAGCCAAGUUCAUCCUAAGAACUGGUAUCCAAUCCCUCUUAUUUUCUGUCGGCCAUGGGGAAAGCUACCAGAGAAUGUUCCCUGUCAUCCAAAACUUGCUGACUUUGCCAAUUGCAUGAAGAAGAAGGGCAGGGGAAUGUCUAUCUUUGUCUCUAUCCUUGAUGGAGACUAUCAUGAAUGUGCUGAGGAUGCAAAAACUGCCUGCAAGCAACUCAGUACCUACAUAGAUUACAAGCGCUGUGAAGGUGUUGCUGAGAUUGUGGUGGCCCGCAACAUGUCCGAUGGCUUCCGUGGGAUUGUCCAAACCAUGGGCCUUGGCAACCUCAAGCCUAAUAUAGUGGUGAUGCGGUACCCAGAGAUUUGGCGUCGGGAGAACCUGACUGAGAUUCCAGCUACCUUUGUUAGCAUCAUCAAUGACUGCAUUGUUGCCAAUAAGGCCGUUGUUAUCGUGAAAGGUCUUGAUGAGUGGCCUAAUGAGUACCAGAGACAGUAUGGCACCAUUGACUUAUACUGGAUUGUUAGAGAUGGUGGUCUCAUGCUUCUCCUCUCUCAGCUCCUUCUUACCAAGGAUAGCUUUGAGAGCUGUAAAAUCCAGGUCUUCUGCAUUGCUGAGGAGGAUGCAGAUGCAGAGGAGCUCAAGGCAGAUGUAAAGAAAUUCCUCUAUGAUCUCCGGAUGCAAGCCGAAGUAAUUGUCAUAACUAUGAAAUCAUGGGAGGUCCAUGUUGAAGGUGGUGCACAACAGGAUGAAUCAAUGGAGGCUUUUACUGCAGCUCAGCGACGAAUAUCUACCUACCUAGAGGAGAUUAAGGAGACAGCCCGAAGAGAAGGGACCCCACUAAUGGCUGAUGGAAAGCCUGUGGUUGUGAAUGAGCAGCAGGUGGAGAAGUUCCUUUACACGACUCUGAAGUUAAACUCCACAAUACUAAGAUAUUCAAGGAUGGCGGCAGUGGUGCUUGUGAGCCUUCCACCCCCACCACUCAGUCACCCGGCAUACUUCUACAUGGAAUACAUGGAUUUAUUAGUGGAGAACGUGCCAAGACUCUUAAUGGUUAGGGGAUAUCGGAGAGAUGUUGUGACCCUCUUCACAUAGCAGCAAUGUUUCAUUUCCAAGGAGCUCUGCACUUGUUUUUCUUUUGUCCUUAUAUUUCAUAUUCUUUCUUCUUCGUUUUUUUCCCUUAACUUCUCUCUGGAAUGUUUAUAAUUGUAGACGCUUAAAUUCAUUCUUUUUUUUACGGUUUCUCUUGCCAAAAGCACGAGUCAUCUCUUUGUCUGCCUCCAUCUAUGUAGCCCUUUGGUUGAGGCAUUGAGCUUUAAAAGAAACAAGUCCCCCCUCCCCCCCACAAAAAAAAAAAGAAAAACGGAAAAGAGGAAUGUUUGGAGAUUACUGCCUUGGAAAAUAUAUCUACAAGGGUUUAUUUCCAGCUU